AUGAGGACACCCCACUACAUCAGGGAGACGGAGACUGUCGACAUGUGCUGGUACGACGGCCUGGAAAUCAGGACGGACAACAUGCUCGACGGAACUUGCACAACAUCAACAACAGGCACUACAACUACACCUGUGGACUGCCUUUGCGAAACGUUGUCCACUACAUCAACAACAGCUAUGGAAGCAAUAACUACAACGGCACCUGUGGACUGCCUUUGUGAACCAUUAUCCACAACAUCAACAACAACUGUGGAAGCAAUCACUACAACAGCACAUGUAGACUGCCUAUGUGAACCAUUAUCCACAGCAUCGACCCCAACUGUAGAAACAAUCACUACAACAGAGACUUUGGACUGCAUCUGCGAACCACUUACAACAACAACGUCAACAACACCAACUACCGCUAACACAUCAUCUCUAACAACCACCUCAUCCACAUCCACAAGUACUUCUACAUCUAUAUCUACAUUCAAAACCAACUCAACAACAUCAACUACACCAACUACUUCUACCACAUCAACAACUCCAACCACCACAUCAUCCAUAUCCACAAGAACCUCUACAUCUACAUCUCCAACCAAAACCACCUCAACAACAUCAACUACACCAACUACUUCUACCACCUCAACAACAUCAACUACACCAACUACUUCCACCACAACAACGACAUCAACUACACCAAACGACUUUCUACCCACAUCAACAAAACUCCAACCUACUUCCAACAACGUCCAAACUACUUCCUACCACUUCAAACAACUCCAACUACACGAACUACUACUUUCACCACUUCACAACAACAAUCAAACUACACCAACUAACUUCUACCACAUCAACCGAACAUCAACUACUUCUACCUACUUUCAAAGCAAAAACAUCAACCUAACCCCAAGUACUUCUAGCCACUUUCAACAAACAUCAACUACCCAACCUAACUUCUAG